GGAAACCAUAAACCCUAGUAAAGCGGCAAGUUUUUCUAUAUAAAGCCUCUAAAACCCUCUCUCAUACCGCCCUCUAUAAUCUUUGCUCUUCGCAUAGCAGUCUUUUUUGCUCUCUUACUUCGCCCUCAAUUUUUUUGAGCUUUCAAACAAACAAUCAUCAAUGGAGUUUUGGGGUGUUGAAGUGAAAGCAGGACAAACACUAAAGGUUAAGCCCGAGCUUUUCAAGCUCAUUCAUGUUUCCCAGGCUGCCAUCGGUGAAGUGAAAGAUGUCAAAGAAGCCAAAUAUGUUCCACUACGCCUAACUGUUGGAGAUAACAGUUAUGUCAUUGGAACUCUAUCCGCUGAGGAUAGACCUCAGUUGAUGUUUGACUUGGUCUUUGAAAAGGAGUUUGAACUUUCACAUGGAUGGAAAAAUGGGAGUGUGCACUUCAUUGGAUACACUGCUGAUGAUCCCAGCGGUGAUGAAAUUGAUUCUGGAGAUGAUGUUUUUUCGGAUGAAGAGAAUGUUUUGGAGGCACUGAAUGGGAAACUUGAGGGUGAUGUGAAGGAUGUAAAGCCUGAUGCAAAGAAGUCUGCACCUGUUAAGGAUGAGAAAAAUGCUAAGGUAGCUGAAUCAAAGAAAGAGGCGGAGUCUGAUGAAGAUGACUCUGAUGAUGAAGAUGAUUCUGAAGAUGACUCUGAUGGCACUCUAGGCAUGGAUGGUCCAGAAGGGAUGGAUUUUUCUGGUGAUUCUGAGGAGGAUGAUGAUUCCGAGGAAGAUGAUGAUUCAGAAGAAGAGACACCUAAAAAGGUUGAGCAGAAGAAGAGACCAGCUCCAUCUCCUAAAGUAGCUCCUGGCUCUGGCAAAAAAGCUAAACAAGCAACACCCGACAACAAGUCAGGCGGUAAGAAAGGUCCAGCCACCCCUUUUGCUAAGCAAAAUGGUAAACCUUCAUUCAAUGGUAACAACAAACCAAAAACUCAGUCCCCGAAAUCUGGUGGUCAGUUCUCUGGCAACAAAUCUAACAACAAGAACUUCAGUGGCCAAAAGAAUUUCAAGGGCAAGCAAGGAAGGAAGUAGAGAGCUUGAAAGAUCUUUUUGAAGAGCAAAGAUUUUAUUUUUAUUUUACUUUUUAUUUAUAGAUGUUUGGUCUCUAUGGUUUAAGCUAUUUUCCUUGGUUUUCGUAGGUCAAUUUUUGAUGAAUGUUUUUGUUACCAGAAAGUUUUGCCCCUAUCUAUAUUCAUUACUAUUUUUGAA